AAAACUAUGUGUUCGGUAGUCUGAGCAAUGUUGCUGGACCUGGGUGGUGGAGUCCAGCAUGAAGGUGAAACAAGGAGGACUGAGGUCAUUGCCACCACUCGAAGGCAGUUCUUGUGGUCACAGGAUAACCUCCCAGAUUGGUUGGCCUGCUACUCUCAGAAGUUAGAAGGUGCGAAUGAAACUGCAGAAGGCAGUGAUGGUUUGGUUCAUGCUUGCUCUAGCUGCCUUGGAUGCUCCCUUUGCAUUGCCUUGCUUGGGAUCAUUCAGGAGUGUUUGCUGCCUGGGCUGAGUCAGGUCUAUGAGGUGCCUCUUGUGCUUCUGGCCACUUCGUGGGGUGCGGCUGUCAUUCACGUGUUUUGUACUUGGCAUAUGCCUUGUGCACAGCCGAAGAGUGUGAUUUUGGGCAAUCUCAUAGGUGCUAUCAUAGCGCUUCUUGCUGGCCUCUUACCGCUUCCGGACCUGCUCAACGCGCCCAAGGCAGCUUUGGUGGUGUCGGUCACCGUGGCCGCACAGGAGCUUCUAGGUGCUGUGCAUCCUGCAGGGGCCGCAACUGCGUUGCUGCUGUCUGACGCACAACACUCAUGGCACUCCCUGGGACUGACCAUGGGUGGAUCCGUGUUGAUUGUUACAGUUGGUGUGCUUUUCAACAAUGUUUGUAUUGACCGCUUCUAUCCGCAGUCCUGGUGGCCAUCCACAAGAGCAGCGGAGGAGCCUCCAGGACGGCGGCUACCACCACCUGGAAGCUACAUGAUGCAUGCGCCAGAGGAAUGGCUCAACAUCUACUGGCAGAAGCUCCAAGGUGGAGAUGCACCAGGGCCAACGAGCGUUUCCAGUGCACAUGCUUGUUUUAGUGCUUUAGUGUCCUUCAUUUUCAUGCUGUCCAUGGCCUUCAUCAAUGAAGCACUGGGUUUUGAGACGUCUAUGCUAGCUGCUGCCGCAGUGGCUUCAAGCUCUGUCUUCAGCGACUGGCAAGGUGCCAGUUCACAACCCUGGCCAUGUCUCAUGGGCUGCUUUGUUGCGGCCCUCUGCGGAGGUUUGAGCGAGGCCUUGCCUCAGUUGGGCGUACCAUCUCCGAUGUGGAUGCGAGCAGCAUUUGCAGUUGGCCUUGCAUCCUUCAUGAUGGAGCUGGCCAAUGCUGUCUUCCCUGCAGGUGGCGCUAUUGCUCUUGCUUUUGUGGUGAUGCCCGCGCCAGUUCCAUGGAUUUCGCUGCUCUACACCGGAAUGCUUAGCUCAUCUCUUGUUAUCAUCUAUGGCACCCUGCUCAACAAUCUGCAAGAGACCAGGCUAUAUCCUCGACGGUGGCCCUGGCAAAGGGGCAUUGCAUCACGUCACAUGCCCUUUACAGUGCCUGAGCACAGACAUUCUGAACGAAGCCUGGUCAGAAGAUGGAAUGAUGACAGCAAGAAAGGAACGCAGUACUCCCAGAUCUAUGUGGGUGUGCUCACUGUUGGCUUGCAGUUCUUCUUUCUGAUCUUCCUGUUCUUUGCAGAGUUUGAUGCCAGCGAGGAAGGCGUAGCUUCAAUGUGCAACAGCUUGGCCUGGAUUUCCAUGGCAGUACUGGCAGGUCUCGCUUAUUCGCGAAGCUUCCUGAAAGCGUAUGGACUCGGAGCCGUGGGCUUUUCUUUGCUCAUUCUGUGUGUGGCUGUACAGUGGUCCAUGAUUGUGGAAAGUCUUCUGCAUGGAGAAGUCCUCCGCAUUGGCUUUACAAGAAUGAUGCGUGGCUACUCCGCAGCAGCAGCAGUCUUGGUAUCCUUCGGGGCGCUCAUUGGCAAGGUGGAUGCGUUGCAGAUCUUGACGCUUGUCGUGAUCGAGAUUCCUUGCUAUUGCUGGAACAAAGUGGUAUUCCUGCAGAUGGAUGGCCCCAAGAUGCCAGUUGUGUCGUGUGAUCUGGCAGAACAAUGGGUCCAUGAUGGCCGCGGUCUUUCGAUUUUCUUAUUUGGCUCGUUCUUCGGCUUUGCAGCGGGCAAGAUGCUGGGUGUGAGCCAAAUGGGCUGGUUGAACCGCAGCCAACGGAGCACAGAGCUCCUGUCACUCAUGGGCACUUGCUGCCUCUGGGUCACUUUCCCGGCUUUGACAUCUUCAAGCAGCCGUGCUUCCCAGCACACGGUGCUGGCAUUGCUUGGUUCAGGUGUCACUACCUUCAUUGUGGAUGGUUUCUUGCACGAGGGACGCCUGCAGCCAACAUCUAUCCGCUCGGCUGUUCUGGCGGGAGGCGUUGCCCUGAGUGGCGUAGCGGACCUCCUGUGGCCUUUCACAGCCUUGGCGGUGGGCUGCGUGGCCGGAGCAUUGUCAACCAUUGCUCUUCACUUUAGCAACCGAGACAUCGAUACCUCUGGCAUCCUGCAGAUUUACGCUCUUCCAUCACUGCUGGGAGGGUUGGCUGCCAUUUUUGCAGGGGACAGCAGCAGCGGCAUCAUCCCAGGUAAUCAGGCCAUGGGCUUCUUCGGCACAUUGAUAAUGGCCACAUUCUCGGGCGCGAUCUGUGGGCAGCUGUUGGGAUCUCUACAGGGCUCAGUGGAGUUGGCCUUCAGUGAUGAGGUUCGCUGGGCCUGCGCGGAGGACUUGCCUCGGGGUGUGCUAAGCCUUUAGCUCGAGUUGAGUUAAUGUACUGCACCUUCUCAAAGAAGGCGGUGCUUUCGGAGCUGAAAUUGGUUCCAACGCUGGAAGCGGAUACAAGCUGGCCAAAGCAGCAGAAGAGCAACUAGGAUCGUUCUCGGUGCAUCACAGUUCAGAAGCUCUGAAGAUGUUUGCACGGCGUCUUUGGUGCACCUCUGAAUCUGAAGUCCUUUAACGUUACGAUUCUAUGCGAUUCUGAUUUUGCUGGCACGCGGAGCGCACAGUCAAAGUACUUUAUGCCGGGGAAAAGCCGCCCUUUGAGAAGGAGACCAAUACCAAAUUUGGCCACCCAUGCAGUCUGCGCAUUUUGCCCCAUCCAAGAUGCACACGAGCCAUUUUGACGUCAAAUUUUGUUUCGCCAGACCCAGUUCAGCCUAAUUGCUUGCAUGGCAACUAGCAAUGGCGAAGAUGCUCGUGGGCUUCGAGAAUGGGUCACUGUUGUUCUCGGUUGCUCCGUAACAUUCCUCUUCUCAUAUUUUUUCUAUGGCUGGGCUGCG